UACGCGGGACAGCUCAGUUUGUCCUGAGCAGUGACUCAUGCCGGCAUGCAGGGUGUUGCUGGAGGUUUCCUGACCUCCCCGGUGCAGAGAGAAGCAGAAGGCUUGAGAAGACGGCGAUCGAGCGUUGAGAGGAUCCCGAGCAGUCAUGUGCAUCAGACAUGCUACCGGGAGAGCGUUCAUCUGUGGGCGGGAGGGAGACACACAGCAGCCGGACUGAAGGUUGCAUGUCUCUCAGCUCAGCCCAGGAAAUCCGUGCAGCGAGUGACCCCGGUACAGAAGGAAAUGCCGUCCUCACACAGCUCAUCAGCUCUCAGCCGCCUCCUGCUGCAGCUCCACUCUCAGAGAGCACAGAGGCCGCAAUGUUUCAGACCGACCUCCAGACGCCCACGUGUCCUCGAUGUGGUCCGACAGUCCCAGCUUCAGGACUCCCCCCUCCCUCCACCGGUCAGAGCCCCAGACCGACGGUGCAGAGCAGCAGACGGAGCAGGAGCAGGGCCGGUGUGGCUGGACCGCACCAGGCCGCUGCUGCACCUGCCGACUGCUGUUUCCGCCUGCUGCUGGCCUGCCUGUCGUGCCAGGGCUCGGCCCUGCUGCUGGGCCUGCUGGAGGCCUGCUCCUCCUGCCUGCACGGCCUCUGCGCCCGCUGCUGCCGCCGCUGCGCCCGCUGCUGCUCCGCCAUCCAGGAGGUGCCGGUGGAGGAGCUCAACUGUCACGCCCACUGCCACUCGGUCCUGUUCGAGUCCUGCUGCGAGCCCACCGAGUGUCUGGAGUUCUGCCUGGACUGCUGCGACAUCUGCCAUCGGACAUAGGAGGAAAACAUCCGAAUGAAGAGCUGCUGAACAUCUCCUCAGGCCUUAUGUUGUGUACAUACUGUUGUUUGGUCACGUUUGAAAAGUAAAUGUCAAGAGGCUCAUUCACUCAGCUUCACACACACACGUUUUUAAUUUAAAUUAGCACGUCCACCUUU